AUGGAAAGUGUUUAUGCCCCGUUGAGUGAAUCCUGUGCCAAGGCACUGGGAGAUAAAGUUUAUGAGAAACGGAAAUUGGCCUCGCAGGAAAUAGAAAAAAUGGUUACCGAAUUCAAUGCCAAAAAUAAUUCCGCACAAAUACGCAAACUAAUUGAAGUGCUGUCAAAUGAUUUUGCCUCAUCGAGAGAUGCAAAUAAACGCAAGGGUGGAUUAAUUGGAUUGGCUGCCACCAGCUUGGGUCUGGGCAAAGAUUCCUCCAAAUAUGUUAGUGAACUUGUUACUCCGAUUUUAAAUUGUCUUAGCGAUCAGGAUUUGAGGGUUCGAUAUUUUGCCUGUGAAUCGCUGUAUAAUGUGGUUAAGGUGGCACGUUCUUCGAUUAUACCAUUUUUCCCAGAUUUAUUUAGCGCCUUAAGUCGCCUUGUCGCCGAUUCCGAUCAAAUGGUUAAAGACGGCAGUGAAUUGUUGGAUAGAAUGCUAAAAGACAUUGUAACGGAAUCAUCGCAAAAUUUCAAUUUGGAAGCAUUUAUACCACUACUGAAGGAACGUAUUUAUGUUAAAAAUUCAUAUGUACGACAAUAUGUUAUCUCUUGGAUAUCGAUAUUGAAUGCCGUGCCCGAAAUCAAUAUGGUUACAUAUUUGACAGAUAUUAUCGAUGGCCUGUUUACCAUGCUCGAGGAUAAUACCCAGGAAAUACAGAGAAUGUGUGAGACAACAUUGACACAAUUUUUAAAAUCCAUACGUAAUGAUUCGAGUUCGGUGCGUAUGGAGGAUACAAUUAAUAUUUUAAUCACACAUGCCCAAUCACCAAAUGAGUUGAUAAAGUCUACUGCCAUAACAUGGAUACGGGAAUUUGUUAUUAUAUUUGGUUCACAAGUUUUACCCUAUGCCAGUGGUAUUUUUACAGCCAUCCUACCCUGUCUGGAGUAUAAUAAUGAUAAUAUGAAAAACAUAAAAGAAUGUGCCGUUUCGGUCAACAAAUCGAUGAUGAAAUUGGUGUCCUCCAAAGAACAUAAAUCACAAAAUAUUGAACAAUUAGAUUUACGAUCGAUAAUGGCAGUUUUAUCACAAUAUUUAACACACAAUUCGGUACAAACCAAAGUUGCGGUAUUGGAAUGGAUACAUCAUUUGAUUAUACAUUUUCCCAAUGAGAUGUCAAACCAUUCCAGCCAAUUGGGUAAUAAUUUGCUAAAUAUUUUAUCGGAUAAUUCCGAUGAGGUUGUAUUGCGGUGUAUAUCGGUUUUAGCGGAAAUUGUCAACUCACAACAUUCGAAAGAAACAACCGACUUCAAUAAGGCCCAUUAUAGGAAAUUCCUUUUAAGUCUUGUUAACCUAUUUAGUGAAGACAAAAGCAUUUUGGAUUAUAGAGCCAGUCUGAUAAUCAGACAACUAUGUGUCUUAUUAAAUGCUGAAUAUAUUUAUUUAACAUUUGCCGAAAUCAUUAUCGAAGAGGUUAGCAAUUUAAAAUUUGCAUCACUUUUGGUACGACUUUUAAACAGUAUUCUAAUGACAUCAUCCGAACUGUUUGAAUUGCGUACCACGUUGAGAGAUAUUUCAAAUCCCAAUUCGGCCAACUUAUUUAAGACACUCUAUUUAAGUUGGGCCCAUUGUCCGGUGUCGACAAUAUCUAUAUGUUUGUUAUCACAAAGUUAUCAACAUGUAUCACAAUUGGUGAAUCUGUUUGCUGAAAUAGAAAUAACUUUGGAGCUACUAACAGAAUUGGAUAAAUUAGUGCAAUUAAUAGAAACACCCAUAUUUGCGUCUCUUCGCUUAACAUUGGUCUCCAAAGACAAUAAUUGCGCAGAUGCCCAAUAUUUGGCCCAUGCUUUGUUCGGUAUUCUCAUGCUGCUACCUCAGACCGAUGCUUUCAAUAUGUUGAAAAAUCGUUUACAAUGUAUACCAAACUAUUGGGGACAACAGCCAAUCAGUGAAAAAUAUUCCCUACAAUACAAGAGUAAUAUAAAUUUUGUCGAACUAUUGGAACACUUUAAGAAAGUCCAAAGAACUCAUCGUGAACAACGUAUGACACAGCGUAAACGUAGUGUAUUAGUUAAUGAUAUUUAA